CAUUUCAAGAGAGUGACACGUCAGGAAACAAAGCCAGAACGAUAUAAAUCAAAUCGCUCUCUUUACUUGUGUGUUAAUCGAAAUCAUGGCGAUCGCACCGGCAAUGCAGACGACGUUCGUGUCAUCGACGAACUUUCUGACACAAUCGAUACCUUCUUCUUCGUGGGGAUCAUCACGGAGGAGCAAUGUGACUCUUCCCAGAAACAAGAGAUCGUCGUCCGUAAUUGUUGCCGCUGUUGGUGAUGUGUCUUCUGACGGAACUGUAUAUUUGAUAGCCGGAGCCGCCGCCGUUGCGCUCGUUGGAACAGCUUUUCCGAUCCUCUUCAAACGCAAUGACACGUGUCCGGAAUGUGACGGAGCAGGAUUUGUGAGGAAGGGAGGAGCGACUCUGAGGGCCAACGCGGCAAGGAAGGAUCAAGCUCAGAUCGUUUGCGCUAACUGCAAUGGUCUAGGAAAGCUUAACCAGAUUGAUAAAUAAAUAACCCUUCUUCUUCCAAUUAUUAUGUAAAAAGAAGAAGAAAAAAAAACACCAUUUCCCAUUCUUCUUCAGUCUUCUCUCUCUGUUUGUAAGUUUUUUUUUUUUGGUAAAACUCUGUUUGUAAGUUUACUUGCUUAAGACAAGAGAUAGUGUUCUGCUAAUUAAGUUUGUACACUGUAUCCCCACAAAGACUGGUUCGGUUCAAGCUAAUCGAAUUAAGUCUUUGAGUAUACGUUGAGAUCCAUCAAGUAAUCAUUGGCUUUCGACUUCACACGAAGACAUGAUGCAUGCAGACUGCGUGUUUGUGUCCAAGUGAUUUAGUAUAUAAAAAUAUUGCCAUGUGAAGAGUGAAUUUUGUAAUACAGACAUGUUCAACUACGUUUCUUAUUGGUAUGCUGGAGUGAGAGCGAAACUAGUUCUCUCCC